AUGUUAUAUUCAAUUGCUUUACUCUUUAUACUAUUUGACUUAUCAAUAACUAAAGAGAUUGAUGUUUAUCAAUUACCAUUUGUAAUUAGUAAAAGUGGUGCAAUGAUAAUUACAGAUCAUGAAGAAAAAAUGUCAUUAUCUCCAGAUCUAUUACUUAUUCAUAAAGAUGUAUCAUGUACUACAAAAAUUGAUUUAAAAAGACCAACUGAAGCAGAAAUCAAAGCAAAAUCCGGUACACGUAAAGUAUUUCAGUAA